AUGAGAAAAUUGAUACGAAUUUCUGGACAUGCCCCUCCCUCAGUUCUGGGACGCUACCCUGUGGCUAUCAUAACUCAUGUAGAUGUUGCAGAGAAGAACCAUGUUGAGAAUCUCAAGACCGUCCUGCAGGUAUCUGGAGUAAGCGACAUUUUCGAAGUGGCGAACCUGACCGCUGAGAAGAUAGCACUAGAGGAGCCCUACCAGCACAGUCUGCUCUCUCUCCUGGAGCGGUGUAUGACGGAUGGAGAUGAGACUCUUAUCUUCAAGCAUUACCAGCGCAAGGAGCAACAGCGCAAGAAGGCGAUUGAGAGAAGGCGGGAAGAGAAGAGACGUAAUCAAGAGGAGGAGCGAAUAGCAGAAGAACGUCGACAAAUGGCUGACAGGGAGUUCAUUGAGAGAGAAAAUCAGAUGAGAAGAGAGUUUGAGGAGCAAAGACGUGCGAGUGAGCGGGAACGGGAAUGGGCUGAGAAGCAGGAGAGAGAAAGACAGGAGCGAGAGAGGGACCGACGCUAUGAAGAAUCCAUUAAAAAGGUAGAGGCGGAAAAGCAGGUGGAGAUCCGCCGAAUCAUGGAAGCUAAUAAGAAAAACGAAGGUGGUUGUAAAAUAAUGUAA